CUUUUCGUGGACCCUCAUCACCCGUCAGCCAUUCUGCUUUUGCCUCAGCCCUCGUGGGGAUUUCAGGUUACCUUAUCGCUCUCGGCUUGACGUCACAAAUUCAGUACCUUAUGAGUGGAGUAGCUAGUCUACGGCGUCUUACUCGUUCCGGUCCCCUUAUUCACCACGGUCUACCGGACUUCAACCAAGCGUCUCGUCGCUCUGCAAACUCGGCCGAUAGGUCCCAGCGUUGUGCUUUAAAGGCAUCGUCUUUCAUUUUGAGGAUUUGCUGGUCCACUUCCUUCAUCUUUUUAUCAGGCUCAGCGCUGCGCAUUCGCAGCUCGAUCCCUUCGCUCAGAAGAAUUGACUUCAUCUCCCGAAAGUCGUCGUCCGAGAAUAGACCUGGCCCAAGAGUGACUGAUUUCAUUCGGGCCAAGUUGGCUUCCGGAUGCUUAAGGAAUACCUGAAGGUGUUCGAGUACCGGCUCGAGACCGGCCUUUUGAUCGAGAUCCCACACCUGCCGCAGGGCGCG